GCGUUAUUGCGCUCGCGCUGAAGCGCUGAGAAGAAUUGUGACAGGCGCGUUACUUGAGCGGCUCGUAAAGGGUCGCAUUGAGGGCAGCACGGCCGUGUUUUUCUUAUACCAAAGCUCGUUUCGAGUCAGCCGCGGGUGCUGUUUCGUGGAAUGACCCCUGCUCAGGAGAAAAGAGAUUGAGGUUGACUGUAGCUGAACACUAAAGUUGUUCGGGUCUUUUUCCUUGCGGGUGGUGUGAAGAGUACUGAGUCUGGUGAAGAGACCCUGAUAUGCGUGAAUACAAGCUUGUGGUGUUGGGCUCUGGCGGCGUGGGCAAAUCAGCCCUGACAGUCCAGUUUGUCCAGGGAAUUUUUGUGGAGAAAUAUGACCCCACAAUAGAAGACUCCUAUAGGAAGCAAGUGGAAGUGGACAGCCAGCAGUGCAUGUUGGAGAUCCUUGACACAGCAGGAACAGAGCAGUUCACAGCUAUGAGGGACCUGUACAUGAAGAACGGUCAGGGCUUUGCUCUUGUGUACUCAAUCACAGCACAGUCCACAUUUAAUGACCUGCAGGACUUAAGAGAGCAGAUUCUACGAGUAAAGGACACAGAGGAUGUGCCAAUGAUCCUGGUUGGUAAUAAAUGUGAUCUGGAGGACGAGAGGGUGGUGGGAAAAGAACAGGGGCAAAAUCUGGCCCGGCAGUGGAACCACUGUGCCUUUCUGGAGGCCUCCGCCAAAUCGAAAAUCAACGUCCUUGAUAUCUUCUAUGACUUGGUUAGACAAAUUAACAGGAAAACACCAGUGGAAAAGAAGAAAGCGAAAAAGAAAUCCAAUUGUAUCCUGCUGUAGAAACAGCAUGCUGCUCAGAGCCAGGUCUGUCACCAUGUCACAGUUACAUCAUCCAACAUUCAUUAAUACCUUAUUUAUUCAACACUUCUUCCAUCUACUUU